AGUAGUAACUUUAUUGAUGAUAAUGAUGAUCCAUAUGAUUGUGUUGGACAUGGAACUCAUGUAGCAGCAAUUGUUGUAGGUGAUCUGAGGGGUAAUUGUCCCGGAUUUGUGGGAUAUUACGGUAACGAAGCUAUUCUGAAGGCUGUCGAUGGUGGAAUGGACGUCAUAAACAUGUCUUUUGGAAAGUACGAUAACAAUAAAAACAUUAUGGUAACGUUGAUCGAUGAUUUGGUCAGAUAUAAAGGAACAAUAUUCGUAGAGUCAAUAGGAAAUGAAGGGGUAUCCGCCUAUCAGCAUCAACCUAUCAAGCGUAAACGAGAUAAUGCUUUUCUUCGAAUUCCUACUAAAGAUGUGGCAUUAAAGGAUUCAACAAAUCAAUUCGGAUUUUCUGAGGCAUCUGAUCUAAUUAAACGAUAUGAUAAUACUAACUUUGUAAAAAAUAAUGAGUCGGAUGAUGAUUUAACAAGGUUUAAUAUUUUCGGCGGCGUAAAUAAUUCGACUUAUAAAAUACUUUCUGGAGCAAGUAUGUCAUCGCCAUAUAUAGCAGGCGUAGCGGCAUUAUAUACUGAAUUUUACGAACAACUAAAAACUGCAUUAAUGAAUUACACUCCUCGUGAGGAACGUAAUAAAUUAUUGGCUUCGGUACUUCGUCAAGGUGCAGCUCCGAGUGUCAAUGGAUAUAAUAAAACUUUCAUAAGAAAUUAUUAUCAGUUGGAGAAUUAUACACGACAGUAUGAUAGUGUUAAUAGUUCAAGUGUUGACGUUUCUGUAACAUUUAUGUUACCAAAAGAUCUACCAAAGGAUAAAAGUUGUUGGUUACCUAAAUUGACCGUUCCCUAUGCUGGGUUAGCCGAUGAUGCAACUACUCGGUUUCAUGCAAUUAUCGACGGACGUUCGCACCCUGAAAAUACUCUACUUUGUAAUGAAAUGAAGGCCUGGCAAGGCCCUGCCAUUUUGUUUUUUAAUAAUGCAAAAUUCGAGACAACCGAUUUUGAAUCUCUUAUGAAGAUACGUGUUGGCGGGAAGCAAGGCGAUAAUACAAAGAUUGGGAAACAUGGGUUAGGCUUUAACUCAUGUUACCACUUUACUGAUGUUCCGAGUUUCAUCAGCGGCGAUUCUAUUGCGUUUUUGGAUCCUCUCGAGAAAUUCUUGCCAAGAAGACAAGGCGAUACACAACGUGGCAUCAUUUGCCCUUUUUCAACAAAUGGCAUUGCCGGAUCUACUGAUAAGGAUCAAUUGGCUCCUUAUAUAGGCAUCGAAGGCAUAAAUUUUCAAACGACUUUUGAAGGGACCCUCUUUCGAAUCCCACUUAGGAAACAACCAAGUGAUAUAUCCGACAUUAUUUAUACUACGGAACAGAUCUUAGCAUUAUUCACCCAACUUAAAUCAACAAUUUCCUCACAAUGUUUAUUUCUUCGAAAUAUCGAAACAAUUGAAAUUUCUUAUAAAGUUCCAUAUCAAACGACUUCAAUUUGUAAAGCAAUCAUAUCAGGAUCAAGUGAAAGAAGAAAUGUCACAUACAAUGCAUUUCAACCUUUCCAAAUUGAAAUUGAGCUAAUUGAUUCAAUCAACAUACAAAAAGAAUAUUGGGUUAUUGUCACUGGUGCUCAACACUAUCCUAAUUUACUUCGUCUGCAAACUUAUGCAGAACGAUAUCGAUUACGCGUAUUUGGAGGUAUUGCUGCAUUACGUAAAAGUUCAAAAGAUAGUGAAGAUGACUUUAUAGGCAGAAUGUAUUCUUUUUUUCCAUUGCCUGAUACCACAGGUUUGCCAUUUCAUCUUAAUGGAACCUGGGCUCAAGGCUCAGACCAUGCAAGGUUGCUAAUCGAGAAUGACAUGAUGCCGGAUUUAGAUCAUCAAAAACUUGAUUGGAAUAGACAUAUACUGCUUAACUUUCUUCCUAAUCUUUAUUGCAACCUUAUUAAAAAAAUCGUCGAAUUAACCGAACCUGGAGAAAGAAUCCAUCCUGUCUCAAAGUUUUGGCUGUUUCCGUCCAUUCAUCGAAAUUAUCCCAAAUACGCAAUUGAAUACGGUUUUAAAGUACUUGAGCUUUUAUUACAAAAUGAUGAAAUUUUGAUUAGCGAUAAUAAUGAAAGUGAUCGUGUGAAGAUUCUUUUCGAACAUUUAUCAUAUAUGCAGAUUAUAAAUCUUCGUAAUUUAUUACGAAACAACUGGAAUGAAUUGAGGGUAAGGUAUAAUCAACCUUUAAAGUCAAUGAUCCGCUCACUUCCCAUUUGGUCAAUGCUUUCAAAUCCGACUUCCUCAAUUUUGUUGGAUGCUAGUUACAAAGGUUUUCGUCGAAUUUUAACCGAACUUGAUGUUCCCACGCGAGACAUCUACGUGUACACCUUUGAGGACGUCGAAUUGCCUAGAGAGUAUGAUAACGAGUAUUUUGAAUUCCUAAAAGACAUACUUAAAGAGAGUCGAAUUGUUCGAGAUUUAGGAAAUAAACGCUGGUUUCCCAAUUCAAAUACGAAAAUUUUAAAGAAAAUCACCGAAUUAUACGAUUAUGAUAACCUGGUUUUUCGGACCGUAUUUGGCAGAGACUUUAAUGGUUUUCUUCAUCCCGAAUUUUCGUCAUACAAGGAGAUUUUAUCUACCAUUGGAUUUAAAAAUAAAAUCAAUCAAGAGAUAUUCAAAAUGUGUGCUAAUAAGGUCAAAGGUUUGCAAAGGGACCAGGAACCCCCAUCUGAUAUACGAUAUCGGGGCUUUAUCCUGGUUGAUCAUUUAUAUAAAAAUAUUAACGCUUUAAAUUUGGAAGGCAUCGAAGGAAUUCCAUUCAUCCCAAUUACCAAAAAAGUCGCGUGGAGCCAAAUGCCAUUAAUCGCGGAAGAUGUAAUACCACCUCAAAACGUACUCGACAAAUAUCCAUCAUUUGGUAAACUGGACAUUUCUACUGCUGAUGCAUUCAAAAACAACAUCAACGAGGUUUAUAAAUUUUUAGAUGAAGAAUGUCGUUCAAAUGAAGAUUUCGACUUGUCGGAACAUAUUCAUAACGAUCGAUUAUUCCUUAAUUUCAAUAGAAAUCAAAACCCAUUUCAGCAUGAAAACUGGGUUACUUCAAGCGAUUUGGUUUUGAAUAGCGAAUUUGGCGAUGUGAAGUAUGUAAAUUCAUUUCUUGCUAAAUACCCUACAAUGCUCAAAUGUGCCGGUGCUCGGGAAAUCAGGCGGCCAAAUGUUCGAAUUAAUGUUAGAGAACCCGACCAAUCACAUAUAAACAAAAAUACAUUGUAUGAAUUUUUGUUGGAUCCAUCAACUUCCUUGCAUGACGUAACUUUUGUUAUAAAUGGUGAAAAUAUCAAAGCAACUGAUUCGAUGCGCAUCUUGUUACGCUAUUUAUAUGGCCAGAAUAUUGAUGAAGCAAUUCAAAAAUUAAAUGAUAAUGAUAAUUUUCAUAAAGAUACAAAAUUGUCAUUGUAUAAAGACCUACUCAAGUUAGCAAGUGAUUACAAUUUAGACUAUUUGAAAGAGCUUAUGGAAUUGAGGCUCUCGCGAUUGGUUAUCAUGUCGAACGUAGACGAAAUGAAAAGAUUUGCGGAAAUUUCAAGUGCCAGCCAGCUCAUUGAAUAUUGCAAUCAAUUUAUUCGCGAUAAUAGUGAGUUGUAA